AAACUUGAACUUGUUGCAACUUGCCCGUGGUCGUUCGUCGGCGUUGAGCUAUUCCCCUCGAGCUGCCGUCGAGUCGUGAGCGUCUUCCGUCGGCGUACCAAAUCCAACCGUUGAAUUUGUGUUGUAAACACCCAUCCCAAGAAAUCUACAGCCAUGGCCGGAGUUAUGGGACCUCCUCAACCUCCGGAAAUUCCGAAAAUCUCCACGGGGCCAGUUGACAUGAGUCACGCCACGGAAAAGUAUAUAACAUGCCCUUACAACCAGUCUCACUCAAUCCUGGCAUACAGAAUGCAAUAUCACCUUCAUAAAUGCCGUAAAAAUUACACCAAUGUUGAGUAUGGUUCUUGUACUCAUAAUUCAACCCAUCACAUUCCGAAACAAGAGCUUAAGUAUCACGAAGAUCAUGAGUGUCCGGAUCGGCAUGAUUUCCAAGCCAUGAUUGCUCAAUUUGCUGACACAUCACUACGUGUGCCUAUUGACACAAUUGAACUGCCAGUGCUAGAAGAAAGUUGGGAUAAUGAACCUGUCAACACUUUUGAUCCAAGAGAGAAUGCUAAGGCCAAGUCUCUCAUUCGUGGAGUGCACUGUGUGCCUCCAAGUGAAAGGAAGCAAUUUCGGAAUGAUCACCGAAAACAUGUUGAGAGUUCUGAUGACAUUGAAACUAAGACCAAACUAAGUGCACCAAAGAAGCCCUCUACGAACAAAGAGAAUGGUCAAAUGCUGCCACUCAGGCCCCCUAAGGAAUGGCCAAAAGGUUUCAACAUGGGCAGAGGAGUUAAGCAACCUACUGACGAGGCAUCUGCUGUGAUACAGGCCCCUUCGCAUUCUUCUUCCUCAUCCUCCUCCUCCUUGAUGAAUCUACCUGCUGAGAGACCUGGUAAUGCGUCUAAUAGGCAGUGGCUUGGGAUGGGCAGGGGAAGACCAAUUCCCCCAUCAGAGUCUUCAUCACCCCCCAAUGGAGCUUGGGGCACCUCACCACCUUGCACAGCAGAGUUUUCUUCCUCACCCAAGGGAGCUUGGGGCAAUGGAAGGCCAAAGUUUUAAUGAUAUCUCCUCUAUUUUCUGCCCAGAAAAGUUCUGUUAGUUUUCUUUUUCUUCUGUUCAAGUUAUAGUGCAUUGACACUUCAGAAUAUUUUGUUAUCUUUUACCUACAUUGUGUACUUAGCUUCGGUCUUUCCCAAUAUACAUAAAAAAGCUGACCGCGAAAAAAAUAUUUCCAUACUCAAAUGUACUCAAUGUACUCAUUUUCAAUAUUUUAAGACGCUCUUCAGUAUAUUUGUAACCAUGGCGUCACUCAGUUUGUUGGUUUUGAAGCCCCUUGUCUCAUCUGAGUUUACAUUGGGGAGCCCAACUAUUUUAGAAUAAGUACCAUAAGGAUGCACUGAUUCGUGAAUAAGUUACUAUUUGCAAACCUCAAAUUUUCUGUUCAGUUGCUUACUUUUAAAUUCAUAAAAUGUAUUUUCCUGUACAUUUUUUUUUGUUAACAUUUUAUAAGAAAAAUAUAUAUUUACUGUGAAAGAAUAA